AAGAAGCAGACGAACACCAUUCUGGGUGGAGCCACUUGGAGGCAGCAGCGAACACCAUUCUUCGUGCAAUUAUUAUCUCUCUAGAUAAUAGCACACUUAACUACAGUACACAUAUAUAGCGAAGAGCCUUGACGUCGAGGGCAGCACCGAUCAAGAGCUGCAGUGCGGAGCAGCUCAAUCCAGAGCUGUAAUGGCGACGGUCCUCCUUCCGCUGCUGCUCUUGCUCGGCUCGGCGGUGACGCUCCUAACGUGCGCGGGCGCGGGCGCGUCGUUCCCCGUCAAUGUCUGGCCAAAGCCGACGUCCAUGUCAUGGGCGGAGCCGCACGCGGCCGUACCGGUGUCGCCGUCCUUCCACAUCGUGGCGUCAUCGGGUAACCCGUACCUCGCCUCGGCCGCGGAGCGCUACGCCAAGCUGCUGUUCAGGGAGACGUACCGACCCAUCGUUCGGCCGGCGGUCAACGUCACCGCGGGGAACGCGCUGGAGAAGCUGACCGUGGCGGUGUCCGACCUCGCCGCCCCGCUGCAGCACGGCGUGGACGAGUCCUACACGCUGGAGAUCCUCCCCACGGGCGCCGCCACGGUGACCGCGGCCACCGCGUGGGGCGCCAUGCGCGGGCUGGAGACGUUCUCGCAGCUGUCGUGGCGGGCCGGCCGCGGGGACCUCCUGCUGGUGGCCGCCGGCGUGCGCGUCGAGGACCGGCCCCUGUACCCGCACCGCGGGCUGAUGCUCGACACCGGCAGGACCUACUUCCCCGUGGCCGACAUCCUGCGGACCAUCGACGCCAUGGCGGCCAACAAGAUGAACGUGUUCCACUGGCACAUCACGGACUCGCAGUCGUUCCCCAUCGUGCUGCCCUCCGAGCCGUCGCUCGCCGAGAAGGGCGCCUACGGAGAGAACAUGCGGUACACCGUCGAGGAUGUCGAGCGCAUCGUCGAGUUCGCCAUGAGCCGCGGCGUCCGCGUCGUGCCGGAGAUCGACUCGCCUGGCCACACAGCUUCGUGGGCCGGCGCGUACCCGGAGGCCGUUACCUGCGCGGGCAAGUUCUGGCUGCCCGACGGCGACUGGAACCACCGCCUCGCCGCCGAGCCGGGCGCCGGCCAGCUGAACCCGCUGGCGGCCAAGACGUACGAGGUCAUCACCAACGUGGUCAACGACCUGACCUCCCUCUUCCCGGACGGCUUCUACCACGCCGGCGCCGACGAGGUCACCCCGGGUUGCUGGGAGGCGGACCCCACGAUCCAGGCCGACCUGGAGCGCGGCGCCACGCUGAGCCAGCUCCUGGAGCGGUACGUGAGCGCGGUGCACCCGCUGGUGGUGUCCAGGAACCGCACGGCCGUGUACUGGGAGGACGUGCUGCUGGACGCGGCCGUGAACGUGAGCGCGUCGGCGAUCCCGCCGGCCACCACCGUCCUGCAGUCGUGGAACAACGGGCCCAACAACACCAAGCUGAUCGUGCAGGCCGGGUACCGCGCCAUCGUCUCCUCCGCCUCCUUCUACUACCUCGACUGCGGGCACGGCGACUUCGUCGGCAACAACAGCAUCUACGACGACCCCAACAGUGACUUCGACGCGAACGGCGGGUCCUGGUGCGGGCCCUACAAGACGUGGCAGCGGGUGUACGACUACGACAUCGCGUACGGGCUCACCCCCGAGGAGGCCCAGCUGGUCCUCGGCGGCGAGGUGGCGAUGUGGACGGAGCAGGUCGACACGACCGUCCUGGACGGCCGGGUGUGGCCGAGAGCCUCGGCCAUGGCGGAGGCGCUCUGGUCUGGCAACCGCGACGCGUCGGGCAGGAAGCGGUACGCCGAGGCGACCGACCGGCUCAUCGACUGGCGGCAGCGCAUGGUCGGGAGGGGGGUCCGGGCCGAGCCCAUCCAGCCGCUUUGGUGCCGAACACGACCCGGAAUGUGCAACGCGGUCCAGUGACGGCCUGCCGAGAAUGGUGGCCUGGCCUUGUUCGGUCGCCACUGUUUUUGCGGCUCGAAUGUGCCAUUUGACAACUGCUGCCAACUAUAGCGUAUCCGAUGUGUCGAGCUAAAAUUUUUAAAAAAAGAACCAUUUGUUUGUUCUUUUGUUUAUAUUUAAAGUGAAGUGGACGGCAUGUUAACCUGUUAAGUGGAGUUUGUGUACCUUAAAAGCC